AAUUGUGUUGUCCAUAAAAGACCCAUCACUACUCUCUAGAAUAUGCAACACAAGCAAACUCAAAGCAAAUCUACUAAACAUUAAUCACAAAGCAAAUUAAUUAAGCCUUUUACCAUGGCCUCCUAUAGUUCCUUCAUCUUAGCAAUUUUCAUUGCAAUUUCUUUCUCAAGCAUAGACAAUAGCCUAGCAUCUCGCCAUCUUUUGCAAACAACAACUCCAUCAAUACCAAAUCUUCCAAAACCAACUUUACCACCUUUGCCUACAAUUCCAUUACCUCAAGGAAAUGUUCCAACUUUGCCUACAAUUCCAACAUUACCUAAGGGAAAUGUUCCAACUUUGCCUACAAAUAUACCAUUUCCAUCUUUACCAAAACCUACACAACAACCAUCUAUUCCUACAAUCCCUACCAUUCCAACUAUUCCACAGCUCACUCUUCCACCACUUCCAAACAUUGCCACAAUCCCAAUCACUAUGCCAACGUUCCCCUUCUUUUCUCCACCACCUUCAAAAACCACCCCCUAAAUUAAUUGAGCUAUAUAGCUACGUACUACUCUUCUUGCAGUUCAUGUAAUGCUUUAUUUAUAUAUAUAUAUAUAUACCAUAUUAUACAUUAUGUUCAUUUUGUUGUUGGGAAUAUUAGUUUUUUUCUUUUUCUGUUAUAUUUUUUCAUUUUCCUUUACACUUGUAUGCAAAUGGAUGUUAUUCCCUUACUUAUUUCAUUACUUCAUAUAUGUAUUUUGGAGAUAUAUUGUUGUAGACUGUAAUAAAUAAAUGUUAUAUAUUUCAUAAUGUAUGUAUGUUUAUUUUUUCCUAA